AUGAAGACUUCUUUUGUUGCUGUCGCUCUUUCCUUUGCCACAAUCGGCUCAGCGGCCCCGACGACCGAAAGCCGAAAAUGGCCCUACAGCAUUGACAGUCUGUCGCUGAAGCAUCUCAUUGAGAGUAACACUUUUGAUUUGUCCUGGACCCUUACUUCUAGGGGUCCAUAUGGCGAGGAUCUAGGGAGCACGACCUGCCACACGGCUUGGUACAACGGCUCCAAUCCUGUCGGACCCGAGAACCCCGAGUCUUGCGCCGACCCUGCGUACCAAUACUGGUUCCCAAAUGGUAUCGAGAACCUUGAGAGCUAUGAAAUCGCCGUCAAAGGCUCCGCCGGCCCAGCCAGCACCACCAUCUCAGCUGGACCCAAGUACCAGUGUGGUCCGUACACUGGACCCAUCGGCAAUGUCGACAAAGAAUGCAAGAUCACCAACGGUGGGGCAUUCUACCUCCACGAAUGA